AUGGGUAGUCAAAGUGAUGUUCCAUCAGAAAGGAAGGAAUUAGCUCGUGAGCUCCACCAACUAGCUAGUCUAGGAGUUCGUUUAAUGGAUUCAGGCAGCACAGGAGUUAGUGUGCUUAACCUAGCUACUUCGUCCCUCGACAUAGAAGUGAAAAGAUGUCAAUACAAGGAUCCCAAAUUGAGAUAUUAUAGAGAUGCAUGUUAUCUAAAAGAGAAGUCACCAUUUGAGAUCUCUGCAGAUGGGAUUCUCAGGUACCGAAACAGGUUAUGUGUUCCGGAUAUUGCGGGACUGCGUCGAAUGAAGAAAGAUAUAGCUGAGUUUGUGACACAAUGUUCAAUCUGUCAACUAGUAAAAAUUGAGCACCAGAAACCAGCAGGGCUUUUGCAAGAAAUGGGAAUUCCAAUUUGGAAAUGGGAGGCGAUCAAUAUGGAUUUUUUUACUGGAUUACCUCGUUCUCAGCAUAAAUUCAACUCCAUUUGGGUGAUCGUUGAUAGGCUCAUGAAAUCAGCACAUUUUCUACCGCUAAAUUCUGGAAAUCCUUUUAAGAAGGAUUGGGCACUCAAGUGA